UUAUUAGCACUACUUAACAACCACUCGCGUCCUGCAUAAAUCACUCGUUUCUAUUGAACCACAUAGAAACGUCCAACUUUGUAUAUUUAAUAAGUAGUUAGAAUAGAAGCAAAAUUGAUCGACAUUGAAAAUUGUUUAAUUACGCGUUUGAAUUGAAUAGCUCCAUUUUCAUCGCUUGACUUUUCAACUGUAAUGCAGUAAAUGAGUUUCCACAUUAAAAAGUAAAUCCGGUUUCUAUCAUCCAUCUAGUUUUCUAAGACAUCUAACACAUCAUUCAAUUCUAGGGGCAUAAUAGAUAUAUUAUUCAUAUGAUCUCUAUCAGAAGGUUCAAGUAUCAUCAAUAAGUGCUAAAAUGCUAACUUCAAAUACGAUGGUGAUCUUGAUUCUCAUAGUGAUUUGCAGCAGAAUCAUAUGGCAAGUUAAUGGUUGUAGCGGGAAGGAUUCCAGAUGCGGGCGCGACGGCCCGGCCAUACGAUUUCCCUUCCGACUUAAAGACAGUGAAACAGAAAAUGGAUGCAGUUAUACAGGCUUUGAUCUUACUUGUUCCGACAAACGCAUAACACUAAUUGAGCUUCCUUCACAUUCUGGUCCAGUUAUACUCCAAGUCAUAAGCAUAGAUUAUCUAGGCCAGUCUCUAACCUUAUCUGACCCAGAAAAUUGUCUUCCAGGACAGUUUCUAAAGCUCUUUCGGUCACAAAUUUCUCUUUCUCAAUCACAAACUUCUCCCUUUCUGUUAUAUGAGAAUUCCCAGGCCACUUAUAACUUCACUUUCCUCCAUUGUAGCUCAUUAUCCUGCCCGGUUCAUGCUGUUGGCUCUUCAGAUACACUACUUGAUUCAGGUUUGGAUCCAACACUUUGCACCAAGACUUUAGAUAUUGUUUCUUCACGGAUGUACCCGCCUACACGUCUGAAUUAUGAGGAUUAUUUGUAUUUGACAUGGUCAAAACCCAACUGUAUCAAGUGUGAAAGAGAAGGCAAGAUGUGUAAACUGAAAAACAAUGGAACAGAAGAUGAGACAGAAUGUUUUGACCGUCAUCACAAACCAACUAAGAAAAUAAUUCUAUAUGUCACAGUUCCGUUCGUUGGUUUGAUUUUGGUGACAUUGAUUCUUGCAACAUGUUUGCGUGUUUAUAACUAUUUUAAAACGAAAGGUGAGGAUGAGACUAGAAUUGAAAAAUUCUUAGAGGAGUAUAGAGCACUCAAUCCUGCAAGAUUCUCGUAUGCUGAUAUUAAGAGAGUUACGAAUAAUUUUAGAGAAAAAUUGGGUGAAGGAGCUCAUGGAGCAGUUUUCAAAGGCAAACUAUCUAAUGAAAUUCUUGUGGCUGUGAAGAUGCUUAACAACACAGAGGGCGAUGGAAAAGAAUUCAUUAAUGAAGUGAAAGCUAUGGGAAAAGUUCAUCACAUUAAUGUGGUUCGCUUGCUUGGAUUUUGUGCAGAUGGAUGCUAUCGUGCUCUUGUUUACAAUUUCUUUUCAAACGGUUCAUUACAAAAAUUUAUAACCCGACCUGAUGACAAGGACCGUUUUCUCGGCUGGGAGAAAUUACAUCAAAUUGCUAUCGGCGUAGCAAAGGGUAUUGAGUAUCUUCAUAUGAGUUGUGAUCAACAAAUUCUUCACUUUGAUAUUAAUCCGCACAAUGUGUUAUUAGACGACAAGUUACUUCCCAAAAUUACAGAUUUUGGUUUGGCUAAAUUAUGUUCUAAAGAUCAAAGCGUUGUUUCAGUAACUGCUGCAAGAGGAACUUUGGGUUACAUUGCACCUGAAGUAUUUUCGAGAAACUUUGGAAAUAUAUCGUAUAAAGCAGACAUAUAUAGUUAUGGGAUGCUACUACUAGAAAUGAUUGGAGGAAGAAAGAAUAUAAGUCAGUUGUCUGAGGAAAAUUCCCAAGUUCUAUAUCCAGAAUGGAUUCACAAUCUCUUUGAAGGGAAAGAUAUGCAAGUGAAAAUUGAGGGAGAAGAAAAUGAUAUAAUAUUAAAGAAACUUGCAAUUAUAGGACUAUGGUGCAUUCAAUGGCACGCAAUAAACCGCCCAUCUAUAAAAGUUGUGCUUCGAAUGUUAGAGACUUUAGAAGAAGAAAACAUGGUUGUGCCCCCAAAUCCUAUUAACUCAAAUACUUUCAAAGUUGGUGAAAUCCCGAUAAAACACUCAACUUUAGAGUUGGAAUCUAUACAUGAGUGAGAUAAAGUCCUCACACAUUAAAGAUUGUUAUAUAGGUGUUGUAUAUAUUAUAUAGGUGUUGUAUUAAUCUUGUGUUGUAUUAA